CUAAAGCAGAUCUACAUGAUCUACUGCAUAUAAUUAAGAGAAUCUUAGAGCCAGAUCCGAGAGGAUGCAAUCAACUACACAUGCUUAGUUACAAUCUCUGUAUUGCAUCAUCUUGGUGAGAUUUACAUUAAUUAUUUCAAGCAAUAAGUGGAAUUUGCUAUUUGACAUUGAAGAAGAUGCAUAUCUCAACUAAAUAGGGACUCGCAUAUGGAGAUUGCAAAUUUAGUCAUUGGUUGUGUGAAGGAUUUUGGCCCUACAAUUAGGCGAUAUGUGAAGUAUCAGAUAUAUCACAACAAAUAUGUGAGUGAUUUCAAAACAAUGCAAGGGGAGUUGGUGAACCGAGUAGCUGUCGUUGACGCAAACUUGAGGACACAGCUUGAGCAGCCGGAAAAGAUUGAAAAUCCGGAAGUUAAAACUUGGCUGGAGAAUGCGCGCCAAGAAAUUGCUAAAAAGGUGAUUGAUGAUCUGAUCUGCAAAGGGGGUUGUUUCACAUAUAUUUGCUCAUCAAGAAAGCUCGAUAAAGAGACUCAAGCACUGGAAGUGGGGAUACUUAAGCAAGGGGAAAAAUACACUAAUACUGGUGCGAUUUUGGUCAUGGAUGAUCAUUCAAUCCAGUCUCGUGUGCGUGUAUUUGAGGACAAGCAAAAGGAGGUGAAGCACUUAAAGGAAAAAGUUGAGGCAGAAUUGAUGGCUCAGCUUAGGCGGCAACCUGGAAAGAUUGCUUGGAACAGUGUUAAAGACUGGUUGAAGAAAGCAAGCCAAAUGAUUACCAUGAAGGUUGAAGAUCUGAUCAGCCAAGGGGAAUGCUCCUCAUCAACCAACAUUGAGAAAAAGGUUGAAGAUCUGAUCAGCCAGGGGGAAUGCUCCUCAUCAACCAACAUCGGGAAAAAGAUUGAAGAAUUGAGGCAAAUACUUGAGGAAGGAAGAAAAUUCACUAAUUUUGGUGUGAGUUUGGUCAUAGAUGAUCCAUCAAAAAAAGGAAUUACAAUGCUUGCUGAAAAAUGCAUUGCACGGGAUGAUGUACAAGAAGAAAUUCUGCAACUAUUGAGGGGAGACAAGAUUACAAGAAUUGCAGUUUGCGGAAUGGGUGGCGUGGGCAAGACAACUAUCAUGCAGCAAGUCUACAGCCAAUUAUUGAAAGAUUCCAAGCAAGUAAUUUGGGUUAAAGUAUCAAAGGACUUCGAUGUUGUUGUCCAGCAAAAAAAACAGUUUGAUAUGCUCAAGUUUCAGAAGAGCAUUGCAAGAAAAUUGCAAUUAGAUUUGAAGAAUGCAGAUCAAGAUGAAAUAGAGCUUGCAGGACUAAUAGCAGAUAGAUUGCAACAAGGUAGUCAUGUCUUAAUUCUAGAUGAUGUGUGGGAGUCUUUCUCUAUAAAACAUGUUGGAAUCCCUGAUGGUUGUAAGUUAGUGCUAACGACACGGUUACAACAAGAGGUUGGUCGUGCAAUGGAGUGUGAGGUGAUCCCUGUGAUGCCUCUUCCAAAUGAUGAAGCGUUAGCAUUAUUCUUGGACAAAGUUGGAAGUGAGGUGGUGUCCUAUCCCAGAUACAAAAGUGAUAUAGAACCUUUUUUGAAUCAGAUUUUGAAGAAAUGUAAUGGUCUACCCCUUGCUAUUGUGGUGGUGGCAAAAACCAUGAGAGGAAAGUUUGAUCGUUACUUAUGGGAGAGGGCAGAUAAAGAAUUGAGGAAAUCUGAAGAAGUUGAUUAUUGUUUGAAAUUCAGUUAUGAUCACUUAGAAGAACAAUCCAAGAAUUGUUUUUUAUACUGUGCAUUGUAUCCUGAAGAUCAUGAAAUCCAAAUAGAGGAGUUGAUUGAGUUUUGGAUUGAGGAGGGAUUUAUUGAAGAUGAAAGUGGGUCUCGGCACUCAAUGAUUUGUGAGGGCCAUUCUAUUAUUCAGAAGUUGGUAGACUAUUGCAUGUUGGAAUCGGUUAAAAGAAAAUAUGUAAUAGGUGAUUUUUAUCUGGGAAAUGUGGUUAAUCAUAAAAACAAAGAAGAUCGAGUGAGUGUGCAUGAUCUUCUUCGAGAUAUGGCAUUGAAGAUUAUUCCUCAAUUCAUGGUGAAAGCUGGCGUGGCCUUGGAAGAGCUACCAAAGGAGGUUGAAGGGAGAAAAGAUCUUUUGAAGAUUUCUCUAAUGAAGAGUCAAAUAAGAGAAUUUCCUUCAAGUAUGUUGUCUCUCAAGUGUCCAAUGCUCACAACCUUGUUGUUGUCCGAAAACAAUAUUACAACAAUUCCAGAAGCCUUCUUUGAUCAUAUGCCUAAGCUAAAGAUCCUUGAUCUUUCUGGCAAUUACCACCUAUGUAGGCUGCCGAGUUCUAUUUCUAAAUUAGAGAGCCUUACGACACUACUGUUGGACAAUUGUGGUCUCUCACUAGAGGUGCCAUCUUUAUCUAACCUUGGAGAGUUAAAAAAGUUAAGCUUUUAUGAGACAGUAAUUAGAGAACUACCCCAAGGCCUCAACAUGCUAACCAAUCUAGAAUAUUUUUGGUUUGAUGUACCGUCUUAUGGAUCUUAUAUACCUGACGGAUUGCUACAAAAUCUCUCCAAACUUCAGUAUCUAGUAGUUGGUGGGACUACACCAUUGAAAUGGGAGGAGGUUGGAAGAUUGAGGAAGUUGGAAUCUCUUUAUUGUUGGUUGUCCACGCUGGAUGAUAUGAGCCUCCUUGUUAAGUCUGAAAGAAAGUUAAAACAAUACAGAAUUUUGGUUGGAAACUGCAGUUCCGAUGAUGCUAAUUAUGCUUGCUGUUAUAUGAAGACCUUUUUAAAUGUUGUGAAAUCAAUUGUAUGCUAUGAUAUUGAUUUAUGUGAGAAGCCUAAUUGGUUACCAUCUGAUGUACAAAACUUCUACAUCAAGGACUGCAAGGAUGUGAGAAGCUUGGACGACAUUUCUGGCCUUAAAGAAGCAAUCGACUUGCGACAUUGCACCGUUGAUGCAUGUGAUGGCAUGGAGUUUGUUGUUUCCUCGCACUGCUUAAAGUUGCUCCAAAACCUUGAGUCGCUAUACCUUUUUUCUCUGAAAGAAUUGAAUGCAGUGGUUGGGGUAGUAGAAGCAGUUGCCAAGUCAGCACCGUUGCCAGCUGGCACCUUUUUGUCUCUUCAAAAAAUUGAAGUUUAUAGAUGUAGAAAAAUAAAGAAGUUAUGGCCGCUUAGGCUGUUACGGUAUCUCCAGAAUCUAAAGAUCAUUAAGGUUGGAGCUUGUCGUCAAAUGGAGGAGUUGAUAUCAUCAUCGACCUAUGAAGAAAAAGAAGCCCCAGAAAAAAUCACUUUACCCAACUUACAAUGUUUGAAAUUGAUGCAGUUGCGUGAAUUGAAGAGCAUCUGUAGCAGUUCCAGUGUCUUGAUUUGUGAUUCCAUCAAUCGUCUGCUGAUUAGCAACUGUAAAAAGCUAAAGAGGAUUCCUCUACAUCUUUCCUCGCUCGACAAUGGCCAACCUUCUUCUCUCAAAGAAAUUGAGGUAGACACAAAAGAACAUUGGGAAUCAUUGGAAUGGGACCAAUCCAAGGCAAAGGUUGUCCUUUCUACCUAUUGUAAAUUUCUCAAUGACAGCAACAUUGACAUUGAAGAGGAAGAAGAAAUGUCUGGUGAUGACAACAAUGAAGAUGAUGAUGAUGAAGAAGAAGAAGAAUCUCUUAGGAUGGGCUAAGGAGCAAAGUAGUGCAGGCUCUUUGGUGAUUGGGCAGUGCAAAUCAAAGCUGGAGUUGGAUUUUGUCACCACUUUGAAAGCUGGAGGAAAUCACGUUUGCUUCCACCUGUUAUUGUUGUUGGGUUUUCAAUUUAAUAUAGACGCACUUGCUGUUUUUUGUUUUUGUUUGUCUUCUCUUUUUUUUUUUUGGUUGUGCCGUGUGUUUAAAUAUGUCCAAAUUCUAAGUGAAAUUGUUUAUUUUUUAUCUGUGUAAUUUUGCCUUUCAAAUCUUUGUAAGGAUCUAUAUUAUUCCUUUGGUAUUUCUUUGCUGCAUCUUAAUCUUUGCUUUUUUUGUAAUAAGCAAUUUUUUUUUUG